AUGAUUCUAUCUAUUUUAAUAAUAGUCUCUUUGAUCAUCAUAUUAUCAUUUGUAAUUAGAAAUAAGAAAUAUAAUGAAAAAGAUCCACCAAGUACACUUUUAUACCCAAUAACAGGGUUAUCAAUUUCCGAUUGUUUUAAAAUUGGUUCUAUUCACUUGUUGAGAGACUUUUUCCAAAAGAAUGCAAAGUGUACCAUUGCUAUUGCUCAUCCCGCUGUCCUUAAAAAUGUUUAUUCUCCCGACAAUGGUGAUUAUUUCAAGGCUAGACCUUACCAAAGUAGACAUAUAUUGGCUCACAAUUCAAAUGAUUCAUUCAUCAUGACAGACUACCAAAAAUGGAAAGAGACACGUAAACUAUUAAUUGGUUCAUUUGGUAAAUCAAAAUUGGCAAAGAAUUAUUCUCCAUUUAUUGAUUCUCAAACUCAACAAUUAAUCAAAAAGUUUAAACAAUAUAAUGGAAAACCUAUUGAAAUCAAUCAAUAUUGGAAGAAAUAUUUGAUGAAUAUUGUUUCAAAUCAUGCACUAUCACAUCAUGUAUCAUAUGAUGAGGAUUUUAAUCAAGGAUUUUAUUACAAAAUUUAUCAUGCACUCGAUGGAAUAAAAUUAGCAAUGGUUUUACAAUACUGUUGUUCAUGUUCCUAUUUUCUCUGGCCAUUUAUAUAUUUGAUUCAAUAUAAACUCAGAGAUCAUUAUAAUACCCUAAUAAGUGAAUUAACACCAAUUUAUUAUCAUCAUUUAGAUACUUUGGAUCAACAAAAUCCAAGAGAUUUAUGUGAUUUAUUAAUUAUGGCAGGAAAUGAAAAAGAUUUUGUUAUAAACACUUGUUUUGAUAUGUAUACUGGAUUGGAUACUACUUUAUCUUCAUGUCAAUGGGCAUUUUUAAUGUUGAAUAAUUAUCCACUCAUUCAAGAAAAGGUAUUUCAAGAACUUGGUGGGAUUGUUGGUCAAGGUAAUCAAUGUUUUAUAUCGCAUCGUCCAAAUACACCCUAUGUCAAUGCAUUCCUAUUAGAAGUUUAUCGUUAUAGACCACCUGUCAUUUUUUCAUUCCCAAGAGAAUGUACUCAAGAUGUAAUCAUUUCAGAUUACUUUUUCCCAAAAAAUUGUACUGUAUCAGGAUGUGCUGAUGUUAUUCAUCAUGAUCCAGACUAUUUUGAUGAACCACAUACAUUCAAUCCAGAUAGAUUUAUUAAUCCUCCAAUUGGACAAUUAAACAACAAAGAGAAUCUUGUUCCAUUUGGAACAGGUCAAAGAAUUUGUAUUGGAAUGAAUCUUGCCAAUGAUUCAAUCUAUAUUGCUCUUACCAAUAUUGUACUCAACUUUAAGAUUACAAGUAGUUCUGGUGAAUUUAAAUUUUUAGAUGAAACUGAAGUUAUCAAAACAUUUAGUGCUCCAAACAAUUAUUCUUAUUUCUCUUUAAUUUUUAUAUCAUUUAUAUUUAGAAAUAAAAAAUAUAAUGAAAAAGAUCCACCAAGUCCAUUUCUAUACCCAAUAACAGGUGUACCACUUUGGAAUACUUUUAACAUUGGUACUGGACACGUUUUGUUGAGAAAAUACUUUCCAAAGUAUGCAAAGAUUGGAAAAGUUUUAAAAUUUUUUGUAUUUGACCAAUGCUUUAUUUCUAUUGCUCAUCCAACCGUACUAAAGAAUGUUCUUUCUGUUAAAAAUGGUGACUUUUUCGAUUCAAGACCAUACCACAACAAACAUCUUUUAUCACACAAUUCAAAUGAUUCCUACAUCAUGGCAGAUUAUGAAAAAUGGAAAGAGACACGUAAACUAUUGAUUGGUUCAUUUGGAAAAUCAAAAUUGGCAAAGAAUUAUUCUCCAUUUAUUGAUUCUCAAACUCAAGAAUUGGUUAAAAAAAUUAAACAAAAAAAUGAUCAACCAGUUGAGAUUAAUAAAUAUUGGAAGAAAUAUUUUAUGAAUAUUGUUUCAAAUCAUACAUUUUCGCAUCAUGUCUCUUUUGAUGAGGAAUUUAAUGAAGGUUUUUAUUUCAAAGUUUAUGAAGCCCUUGAAGGAAUCAAUUUUGGAAUGGGUUUACAAUUUAUAAUGUCAUGUUCCUUUUUAUUCUGGCCAUUUAGAUAUUUGGUUCAAUAUAAACUCAAAGAUUAUUAUAAUACUCUAUUUAGAGAAAUAACACCAAUUUAUCAUCAUCAUUUAGAAACUUUAGAUGCUCAAAAUCCAAGGGAUUUAUGUGAUUUAUUAAUUAUGGCAGGAAAUGAAAAAGAUUUUGUUAUAAACUCUUGUUAUGAUAUGUACACUGGAUUAGAUACUACUUUAUUUUCAUGUCAAUGGGCAUUUUUAAUGUUAAAUAAUUAUCCAAGGGUCCAAGAAAAGAUAUUUCAAGAACUUGAUCAGGUUGUUGGUCAGGGUAAUCAAUGUUAUUUAUCACAUCGCUCAAAUACACCCUAUUUCAAUGCAUUCCUUUUUGAAGUUUAUCGAUACAGACCAACUGUUGUUUUUUCAUUCCCAAGAGAAUGUACACAAGAUGUAAUCAUUUCAGAUUACUUUUUCCCAAAAAAGAGUAUUGUUUCAGGAUGCGCAGAUAUUAUUCAUCAUGACCCAGAUUACUUUGAUGAUCCGGAAACAUUUAAACCAGAGAGAUUUAUUGAUCCUCCGGUAGGACAAUUAAACAACAAAGAGAAUCUUGUUCCAUUUGGAACAGGUCAAAGAAUUUGUAUUGGAAUGAAUCUUGCCAAUGAUUCAAUCUAUAUUGCUUUGACCAAUUUAGUAUUAAACUUUAAGAUUACAAGUAGUUCUGGUGAAUUUAAAUUUUUAGAUGAAACUGAAGUUAUCAAAACAUUUAGUGCUCCCAACAAUUAUUACCAUUUUGAUCGACAUGUACGUGAGGGUGAGUAUUUGAAUAAAAUAAGAUAUAUAUCUGUCAAAUACUUUCCAAAGUAUGCAAAGGUUGGAAAAGUUUUAAAGAUUUUUGUAUUGGAUAAAUGUUAUAUUACAAUUGCUGAUACGGCUGUCCUUAAAAAUGUAUACUCUGCUGAAAAUGGUGAUUAUUUCAAGGCAAGACCAUACCAAAGCAGAUAUCUAUUGGCUCACAAUUCAAAUGAUUCAUUCAUCGCCACAUCAGACUAUCAAAAAUGGAAAGAGACACGUAAACUAUUAAUUGGUUCAUUUGGUAAAUCAAAAUUGGCAAAGAAUUAUUCACCUUUUAUUGAUUCUCAAACAAAAGAAUUAAUUGAAAAGUUUAAACAAUUUAAUGGACAACCUAUUGAAACCAAUGAAUUUUGGAAGAAAUAUUUUAUGAAUAUUGUAUCAAAUCAUGCACUAUCACAUUAUGUUUCUUAUGAUGAGGAUUUUAAAGAAGGUUUUUAUUACCGGGUUUAUAAUGCACUUGAUGGAAUCAAUUUUGGAAUGGGUUUACAAUUUUUCAUUUCCUGUUCUAAAAUAAUCUGGCCCCUUUGUUAUUUGAUUCAAUAUAAACUAAAAAAUCAUUAUAAAACACUUAUUGAAGCUUUUGUACCAAUUUAUAAUCAUCAUUUAGAAACUUUGGAUGAUCAAAAUCCAAGAGAUAUAUGUGAUUUAUUAAUUUUAGAAGGAUAUGAUAAAGAUUAUGUUAUCAAUACAUGUUAUGAUAUGUAUACUGGAUUGGAUACUACUUUAUCAACUUUUCAAUGGGCAUUUUUAAUGUUAAAUAAUUAUCCAGAAUAUCAAGAAAAGAUGUUUCAAGAACUUGAUGAAAUAGUUGGACGAGGUAAUCAAUGCCUUAUAUCUCAUCGCCCAAAUACCCCCUAUGUCAAUGCAUUCAUUUUAGAAGUAUACAGAUACAAACCAACUGUUGUUUUUUCAUUCCCAAGAGAAUGUACUCAAGAUGUUAUCAUUUCAUAUUACUUUUUCCCAAAAAAUUGUAUGGUAUCUGGAUGCAUUGAUAUUAUUCAAAAUGAUCCAGACUAUUUUGAUGAACCACAUACAUUCAAUCCAGAAAGAUUUAUUAAUCCUCCAAUAGGACAAUUGAACAACAAAGCAAAUGUUGUCUUAUGA